CAUUAGCAUCUAGUUUUACAACCUUUAUAAGUUCCAGCAAAUCUUUCUUCUAAAGAUUACACCAAAGACAUCUUAAAUGUAGGUUGCGUUAUGCUGUGUCCUUUAGCAUCUACUUGUCUCUUGUAAAUUUUUUGAGUCAUCGCAAAUCAAUAUUCUCUCUGGCAACCGCUUGUUUUGUUCUGUAAUAUGAAUUAAGUCUCGAUCACACCUGGGUUCCCCCAAACACUUCAAAGAAACAAAAGCAUGGCUUCUUCAUCAGUGCCAACUUCUGUUUCAUCUGCAACCGAUCAUGCCUUUUCAGUCGAAGGACAUGAUCAGCUGCAACUGCAACUUAGUUCUGAGGAUCGUCAGCGGAUCACUGAACGAACCAAAUGGGUUCUUGAUUCGCCUGACCCUCCUGGUUUUCGCCAAGAGAUUCUUGGUUCUAUCAGAAAUGCUGUUUGUUCACGGAAAAACAAGAAACCCAAUGCAACACAUGAACCUCCAUUAGCUUGUGUUAUGGCGUUUUUGAGUUCUGUGUUUCCGAUACUUAACUGGGGUAGGGAAUACAAGGUUUCCAUGUUCAAGAACGACUUGCUUUCAGGGUUAACCCUUGCUAGUCUUUGCAUACCCCAGAGUAUUGGUUAUGCUGCUUUAGCACAACUUAAGCCUCAAUAUGGUCUAUACACUAGUGUUGUACCUCCUUUGAUAUAUUCAACCAUGGGGACUUCACGGGAGUUAGCCAUAGGUCCAGUGGCUGUGGUUUCGCUGCUGAUAUCUGCCAUGUGCUCUAAAGUAGUAAAUCCGAUGGCUGAUCCUGUCUCCUACAAUAAGCUCGUUUUCACUGUCACCUUCUUCACUGGUGCAUUCCAAACCCUUUUCGGAUUGUUCAGGCUGGGUUUUCUUAUCGACUUUCUGUCGCAAGCGGCUAUAGUAGGGUUCAUGGCGGGUGCAGCCAUUGUUAUCGGUCUCCAACAGCUCAAAGGUUUGCUUGGGAUAAGUCAUUUCACCACAAAAACUGAUGUUGUUUCUGUGCUGAUUGCCGUUGUUAAAUCAUUCCACGAUUCCUGGUAUCCUCAGAACUUUAUCCUUGGAUGUUCAUUCCUCAUCUUCAUCUUAAUCACGAGAUUUAUUGGAAAAAGAAACAAACGGUUAUUCUGGUUACCUGCAAUUGCUCCAUUGGUAUCAGUCAUUCUCUCCACCUUGAUUGUCUACUUAACAAAAGGAGAUGAACAUGGAAUUAAAAUAAUCAAACAUUUCAAAGGAGGAUUGAAUCCAAGUUCAGUUAAUCAGUUGCAGUUCAACAGUCCACACCUCAGAGAAUCAGUCAAAAUUGGGCUAGUUUGUGCUAUCAUUGCUCUAACAGAAGCUGUUGCAGUUGGCCGAUCUUUUGCUACAAUCAAAGGGUAUAAUAUGGAUGGGAAUAAAGAAAUGAUAGCCAUGGGUUUCAUGAACAUUGCUGGAUCUAUGUCUUCUUGUUAUGUUGCUACUGGUUCAUUUUCAAGAACUGCUGUCAACUUUAGUGCUGGGUGUCAAACAGCAGUAUCAAAUAUAGUAAUGGCUAUCACAGUGCUUGUAUCGCUACAGCUUUUAACAGGGCUUCUAUACUAUACUCCAGUUGCUAUACUUGCUUCGAUAAUCUUAUCUGCACUUCCUGGAUUGAUCAACUAUACUGAAGCUUACAAUAUAUGGAAAGUCGACAAGUUAGACUUCUUGGCUUGUGCUGGAGCUUUCUUUGGUGUGUUAUUUGCUUCGGUAGAGAUGGGUCUAAUGGUUGCGGUCGCUGUUUCUUUUGCUAAGAUAAUCCUUAACGCUCUACGACCUCGUGUGGAAGAACUAGGAAGACUUCCAGGAACAGACAUCUUUUGUGAAGUUGAUCAAUAUCCUGUCGCUCAAGCAGUUCCUGGCGUUCUAAUCAUUCGGCUCAAUUCCGGCUUGCUUUGUUUUACAAAUGCAAAUCCUCUUAGAGAUAGGAUAUUGAAAUGGGUAACCGAAGAGAAUGGAAAAGAAGCUACAAAAAGACCUAUUAGUGGAAUAAUUUUGGACAUGUCUAGUGUGACAAACAUUGAUUAUGCCGGGAUUCUAGCAUUGGAGGAAACAAACAAGAAGUUGCUUUCAGGAGGCAUCAAACUAGCUAUUGCAAGCCCCAGAUGGCAAGUAAUUCACAAGCUCAAAGUAGCAAAGUUUGUAGAUAAAGUCGGAAGAGACUGCAUCUUCCUUACUGUUUGUGAAGCCGUUGAUUCCUUUGUUGGUUCCAAAUUCAACGGUCCUAGCAAUUGUUGAUCAAUGCUUGUAUGCGCAGAUUCAAGUGAAUGUGGUUUGAUUACUAAAAGUUUUGGCUAGAAGCCAAACUAUCUAAUAUGUAAGAUAAACUUCAAUUAUGUGUUAUAUGCUUGUUUGUAUCGUUUUCCUUAACUG